CGCGUGAACGCCAGUUGUCUCUCUAAAAACCAAACCCUCUCUCUACAUUCUCCAACUCUUGAAGUAAAUUAUUUACUUUCACAGUUCUUACAAAUGCAGAAACAGUAGAGAAGAACAAAAGCGAAAAAACGCGUUUUCUGACAAUGCGGUUGCGUUCUCACGCGGUUUCACCGCUCCUCCUCGUCUCUUUGGUCUUCCUCUCUCACUUCGCUGUCGGAAUACGGAACAUCCCGGUAAGAAUCUCCACCGCCAACAACGGUCUCGACAUCGCGCAGUUCAUGGAAGCUCCAGAGUACCGAAACGGCAAGGAGUGCUCGUCCCAAACCUCAAACAGAGAGAACUUCGUGUCGUCCUGCGACCCAUCCCUCGUCCACAUCGCGAUGACACUCGACUCAGAGUACCUCCGCGGCUCAAUCGCAGCCGUCCACUCCAUGCUCCGCCACGCUUCCUGCCCCGAAAACGUCUUCUUCCACUUCAUCGCCGCCGAGUUCGACCCGGCGAGUCCACGCGUCCUGAGUCAACUCGUGAGGUCGACUUUCCCCUCGCUCAACUUCAAAGUCUACAUUUUUAGGGAAGACACAGUCAUCAACCUCAUCUCCUCGUCGAUCAGACAGGCUCUCGAGAACCCGUUGAACUACGCGAGGAACUACUUGGGAGAUAUCCUCGACACGUGCGUCGACCGAGUCAUUUACCUCGACUCGGACAUCGUGGUGGUGGACGAUAUCACCAAGCUUUGGAACACGAGUUUGACCGGGACACGUGUCAUCGGAGCUCCGGAGUAUUGUCACGCUAAUUUCACUAAAUACUUCACUUCGAGUUUCUGGUCCGACCCGGGUUUACAACCGGGUUCGUUCUCGGGUCGAAAGCCUUGUUAUUUCAACACGGGUGUGAUGGUGAUGGAUCUCGUGAGGUGGAGGGGAGGGAGGUAUAGGGAAAAGAUCGAGACUUGGAUGCAGAUACAGAAGAAGAAAAGGAUCUAUGAGUUGGGUUCGUUGCCUCCUUUUCUUUUGGUGUUUGCUGGGGAUGUUGAAGGGAUUGAUCAUAGGUGGAACCAGCAUGGUUUGGGAGGAGACAAUGUACGAGGAAGUUGUAGGUCUUUGCAUAAAGGACCGGUGAGUUUGUUGCAUUGGAGUGGGAAAGGGAAGCCGUGGGUUAGGCUUGAUGAGAAGAGACCGUGUCCUUUGGAUCAUCUUUGGGAGCCGUAUGAUUUGUAUGAGCAUAAGAUUGAGAGAGCUGAAGAUCAGGCUUUUCUUGGGUUCUCUUCUUUGUCUGAGUUAACUGAAGAUUCAAGCUUUUUGUAAGAGUGUAAUGUGUAAGUCCAACAUUGUUUUUUACUUCGUUUUGUAGUAGUUUUGUUAUCACAAUACAUUGUUGUUGAGUUAAACAUAUUGUUUUGGUUGCUAGUUUUGUGUACAAACUUGAUUAGUGAGAGAAGGGAGUUUGUGGAAUCCAUUGACCAGGAUUCUGCUUUUUAGCAUCUGUUGUGUUCAAUUCAGAUUCGUUUUGUAAACAUUUGCUUAAGAAAUCUCAAUCUCUGUUGAGUUAUAAACCAUUUAGUGACAUGUGUUGCAG